AAAUGUGGGUUGCAUAUUUUAAAAGAACAAUAAAUGUUCUGCUUCUGGUGUUUUUAUUAGUGCUAAUUAAAGACAGUCUCGUUAGUGGCCAGCAUGAGAAAAUAGUUAGCGAUUGCACAAGUUAUAAAGAUACAGUGUUUGUUACGAAAGAUGCGUUCAGCUUUGCCUUCCCGAACGCACCCAUUAAGUUUGUGAUUAAUAAUCAGUGUCAGGCCUAUACGCCGCUCAUUUAUAAUGGCGAACCAGCCGAGCCCAAAGAAUUCCCGCAUAUGGCCCGCCUAGGAAAUCGCAAAUCGAACGCCUCAAAAAUUGACUGGUUUUGUGGUGGAACGCUAAUCAGCAAGCGUUUUGUGCUUACGGCAGCGCAUUGCUUUGAAUCACUUCAAGGCGUCGUGAAUGUGGUACGCUUGGGUGAACUAGACUUUGCCAGGACAGAUGAUGUUGCAAUGCCGGAGGAUUUCGAGGUGGAAAAACUGAUUCCGCAUCCCAACUACACAGAUCAGUUAUUAUAUCAUGACAUAGCGCUAAUUAAAUUAGCGAAAGAUGUUAGCUUCGAUCGGUACAAGCAUCCCGCCUGUUUGCCUUUCGAAGAUGGAUACUCUUUCGACACGUUCGUAGCCACAGGUUGGGGAUCAACUAGCGCCGCCGUCUUGCACUCCUCAAAACUUUUGAAAGCACAGUUGCAGCGUUUUAGUGAUACGAAUUGCCGAAAGGAAUACAGCACCAGUGAAGAGUUUCCACAGGGCUUUGAUGCGACCACUCAAAUAUGCGUUGGCUCGAAAUUCGGGCGAGACACCUGUGAUGGCGACUCGGGUGGACCUCUGUUAUCCUAUCACAAGGACUAUCCGUGCAUGUAUCAUGUCAUGGGCGUCACAUCGUUGGGUGUUGAUUGCGGCAAUCCCAAUAAACCUGGCCUAUAUACACGGGUAUAUCAUUACUUGGAUUGGAUUACAGAAAAUGUUUGGUCCAACAGUCAACUCAUUAAAUUUUAAGUAGCAUUGUUUUUAACGUAGUUAUCACACUUCACUUA